AUGGGUCAGUUCUCCUCCCCUCCAUCCUACGAGCCAAUCAAGCUGGAGAUGCACCCAAAGCCAUUGUGCAGCCCAUCUCAGGACUCAAUGGACGAUGCACGAUUCGCAACAUCACAGAAUGCAACAAUCGGCCUUGAUCCGGCCACUAAAACUGCACGACGGGGGAUCGCAGGUGAGGCUAAGGAAGCCUUAGCAGCACAUCGAAGGACUGUAUCACAUAGUCCACGAAUCAGCGACCAGAUCUCGUGCUUGAAGAAACGUGAAGUGCACAUUGAGUGGCCCAGCUUAAGGUGGCUGGAUGUGAAGAACCAACCACUCUUGCAUACCGAUCCCGGCUCGCAAGGGUUAGGAACCCAGCACAUCCACGGAGCAUUUUCAGUUGUUAGUUAUGGACCAUCCAUGCUGGCCGACAUUGUCGACGGCGCGAAAAGAUCUGUCAUUUCUUUGGCCAAAUGUCCCAGCGGACGCUGCCAAAAGAGUCGCCGACAAAAGAGGCGUAAGAUGGAAUGGGCGCUGCCGAACACUUCGCGUCAACGCAAAAAUGACUUUCGAAGAGCACUGGGCUAG